GGUUGACUGUACACGCGAAUGCGUGUCAUCGUUUGUUUAACAUAUUCACGGCACUUCUGUUGUAGGGACAUGCAUGCAUGCAUAUUGAUUCAGUAUAACCCUUAUGACUCAUGCAUGAGUAAGGUACAAGGGUAUUGAUACAACAAAAGCUGUUAUGGUUGAUGAAUAGAUUCGGAAGACUGGUGGAUUACAUAGUCGUGUCAUUCUUGGUGAAACCUUUGCGGUGUUUUGAUAAACUGUUUGCUCACUGCGGUUAACCAGCCUACCACAGGAUACAUGUAGAUUAGCGUUGGGACCGAGAUUACUGAGCAGCCAAGCAGACAAGAAUGCAAGGGAUUAAUAUAUGUGCAUUUUCUCUUUUCAACAUUGAAGGAAGAUAUAUAUAUAACUAAACACAAGAUGCAGUAGACCUUAGUUGAUGAUCAGCCGCAGAUGGUGACAGCUCAUGCAUUGAGGACCGACUCUAGAUAUAACUGACAGGAUACACAAUGAAUACCAGCGAGUUCCCGUUCAGCACCCUGUCUCCAGAAGGGAAGAACAUGACGCCCAAUGACACAAGUGAAGCAAAAUAUGCCAUUGGAGCUACUAUCAUGUCCCCAAUUAUCAUGUCGCUGGCUGGUGUUGUGGGCAAUGUCCUGGCCCUCGUGGUCCUUCAAAAGACUAAGACUGAGAUAAGAAGAAUGAUGUUUUAUACAUUAGUGGCAGCACUGGCUUGCACUGACUUGGCUGGAAUCCUAUUGACAACUCCUGUUACCGUUGCUGCCUAUAUGAACCGACGAGAAAUGCCAGGUGGAAAGGGCCUAUGUAAAUUCAACGCCUUCAUAAUGGUGUGUUUUGGCCUGGCAACGCCUUUAAUAGUCUGUGCAAUGGCAGUCGAACGCUUUCUUGCCAUCAAGUGUACUUACUUUUAUUCCAAGCAUUGUACGCCACAGAAUGCCAGAAUCACUGUGGUGGUGUUGUGGGCUUUUGUUUUCUUCUUUGGUGCUCUACCCUUGUUCGGCUUCGGAGACUACACUCUUCAGUACCCGCACACGUGGUGUUUCUUAAACUUCCGUACCGACGACCUUGUGUUCGCUAUCUACGGUUACCUCUACGCUGGCGUCAACCUUGGCAUUGUCGUUCUGAUGACAUGUUGCAACGUCUUCGUCAUGAUCACCUUGCUGCGAGUCCGUUACAUUAAGCAACAACAGGGCCGGAACAGCAUCUCAAGCAGCCUCUUGCACGACAGCUUCGACGACAGUCGGCGGAUGCAGACUCAGAUGAAACGGAAUAAGCAGAAUGAUGUUGAGAUGCAAAUGAUUUGGCUCAUGUGUGCCAUUACAACUAUUUUUGCUGUUUGUUGGGCGCCGCUUAUGAUUCAUAUCGUUAUAACGCUGGCAACCAAACAAUCCAAUCCAGUGCUGGGAUUAACUGCAGUCCGCCUGGCAAGCCUCAAUCAGACGUUAGAUCCAUGGCUCUACAUUCUUUUGAGGAAGGCUUUCCUCAAAAAGAUACGUGAUACUGCAAAAAAGUUUGUUUGUUCAAAAUCAACUUCUUCAAAAGAUGUACCGGAGUGUCGAUGUAACCAAUACGUGCACGUGAGACGUCAACUUUGUCACAGGAACUAUUUUGUCGGGAAUACAGAACCAAGUGACCCUGCCGCAAGACAAAGCUGUGAUGAAGCCAGAGUUCGUUCAAACGCGCAGGAAUUCCAACAUGGCGCCGGUGCACUUCCGGAUGUUAUGAGAACUGCAUCAUCAAACAAUAGUGAUCAUCUUCCUGAUGUCACAAGAUCCAAAGUUGCUGCUGGGGGCAUUCCAGAACUAAACGGUGCCUAUGAUAGUUCCUCAAAUAGCCAGAGGCAUCAGUCAGAUUCACCAGAUGGUAUCUAUGUCGAUAUAUUCCGUCUUCUUCCUCCAGUUGCUGCUUCGUCAAAUAUUGAUUCCGAUGACGCCAUAGAGUCAACCUCCAGGGCCAGUAACACACCAGACGCUAAUUUGAAUCCCGAUAGUGAUUCAGACGUGUUCGAGCCUGAGGAAUGUUCUUCUUCCGGUAUAUUCAGCCUUACCCAAAGUGUGCCCAAUGACCUUAUCAGUGAAAAAGUUCUUCACUCCGAUAUCACGCCUGUCAAAUCACCACAAAAUAGACAAAAAGCAAGACGAACCAAGUCAUAUACCUGAUAGUUUAACCUUUUUUCCGUGCAAUACGAGUGCCCGUGUAUUGACCUGAGAGACGAUCACAACCAUUCCGGAACACUUACAUGGCAACCGAGAUGUGUGAAAUGAACUCAUUCACAUUGACAUUAUUCAAGGAAAUAUUGAGUUAAAAUCAACUGAACGGACACUGAAACUGAAAGUGGGUCGAGGAACAAAAGGAAGAUUGUAGGUGCAUGCUAAUAUUUCAAUAUCAUGCUCUUUCAGUUGUUUGACGAGGUCGUUACUGCUUAUGACAAGUGAACUCAAAGAGCAAAAUUAUUCACAGUCAAUAUUUCAUUCUUAAAAGAAAUUAUCCUCGAAGCAGUUCAUUGUCGCGGAACUCAAUAUUGUUAGCCUUCCUUUAUAUAGUUACAGGUUCAUAAUUCGUAUGUGUUUAUUGUGUCUAAAACUUAUGACAUAUUACAAAUAGCUUCAAAUUUUAUUUCUUCGGCAAAAUCAAAACAAACGGUUAUUGGUGAAAUUCCCUGAAUUUAACAUUAAAUCAAUCAACAGGGUUACAUACAGAAGUCCAAUCAUCAGUCUUCAUUUGUUGGAUAAUCUAGAUGUUGGUUUAGACAUGACCAUGCAGUCUUUAUUCACACUAUUGCAACUUUUCUGUACCUAAACUAGGAUCUCAUGGUAAUGUUUAUAUAUAUAUGCUAGCAUAUUCAUCGAAAUGUCUCAAUAUUGUUAAUAAGGAAGGCUAUAAAAUCAACGCCCUUAACAUUUUAAUCCUUUCUGUCAAAGAACCUCAAAACCAAACACAGUAUCGGUGCCUCACUUUAGCUCACUUCCACAUGGCGCUACCAAAGAUUUUACUGCGGCAGUACCAUAAAGCCGUGUACAUUGAGACUGUAAUGCAAUGCUUAAUUCUUACUGUGUGUCCAGCAUUCAAAAAUUCAAAUGUCAAAGUCUAUCUACAUGUAAAUUUUUCUAGCGAGUUUGUGUUUCAUCGUUACUUCUACCACUCCAGCGCAUGUAAAAAUUACAUGUAGCAAAUGUAUUCGUAAACUUUUUGAAAACUCUUUAUUUCCGUUUCAGUCUUCUAUUUUCAUAUUUUUUAAUAUUCUUUCAGAUAUUUAAGCUAUUAUUUCCUAAAACUGUUGUCAAGGUUUGUUUUGUUGUUCAUAUGUUUCAUAAGAUUUAAAUGGUACAAGCGUCGGAAACGUAUGUUCUAAAUAUAUUUACAUAAUAAGCAUACACACUUCCAAAGUACGAAUGAGAAACAUGAUCGCCUUCAUGCUCCAAAAUACAAUAUACCUCUAAUUUUGCAUUUUGCAGGCUUGUUACAUAAUGUGGAUGAAAUAAAGACUAUAUUUUCCUUGAAGCACCCAGCCUUGAUCUCAAUCAUGCCCCAUGUCCUGUAUCUGUGAUAUUAUGGUUUAUGUUUCAUGUAAUAAAGUGCUUAGCAAUA